CUGGCAGAUGACGGCAUUCUUCUUUUUGAAAGAGAUAUUAAGCAUUUAAACCUGCAAAAGCAUUGUUUUUUAUAUUAAACAUGCAGCGAAGCAUAGCGUCUUUCUUUCAGCCAAAAUGUAAGGAGAAGAACAAUGAAACCACUGAAACAAAAUCAGAACCUAUUAAAAGUCCUCUUAAACCUCAGAAUAGUGAACAAGAUUGUGAUUCUCCUGUGAAAAAGAUAAGCAAACGAAGCCGAGCAAUCUUGGAUAGUGACGAUGAAGACCAGCAAAUUGUAAAAGAGGACUCCAAACAAGGUGAUGGCAAAGCUGCCACACCAGCCAAAGAAAAGGCUGAAAUUAAGAGUACUUCUACUAAAUCUUCACCUAAGCCCCUUGAUACUCAGACAACACCUGUCACGCCAGUAACUCCCGCUCUAUCAGCGACUUCUGGAACUCCUGAUACGCCAAAUUCAGCAUCACCCUCCAGCAUCCCAAAGCGCAAGACUGCCCGUAAGCAGUUUCCCAAACGAAAACUGGACACGAGGAGUGAUGGUGAGGAGGAGCAGGAGAAAGAGGGUAAGGGGAGAGAGGAGGGACAGGAGAGAAAAAGAGCAAGAUUAGAGGAAUCUUCUGAUAAGAUGGAGAAUAAGGUGGAAGUUAUGGAGGUGGAGGAGAAAAGCAUAAAUAAAGAAACCAUGAACGAGCAAUUGAAAGAGAAGGAUCAAGAAACUACUAAUGGCACAGAGGAAAAGAUUAAUCAACAGAGUGAUGCAAAGGAAGCCACAAGGUCGAAAGGAGAGGAUGUGGUAAAUGGCAAGCACUUAGAGAAAGAAAAAGUAAAGCAGGAAAAAUGCAGUCCUGAAAAAUGUUUAAUGGAAGGAAGGGAUGCAGAGAUGAAAGAGGGAUCUGCUAAGAAAAAAGCCAUCAGCAGUUUCUUUGCACCUAGAAAGGCUGCAGUCAAGUUGGAAAAAUCAGAAGAGAAGCGUGAUGUUGAAAUAAAAAAGGAUGGCGAGAAGGCUGCUACUGCUUCCGAGGAUAAAGAAAUGAAGGGUGAAAACGGGGCAGGUCCAGCGAACCAGAGCCAAUAUGAUCCAUCUAAAGCUCACUAUCAUCCAAUUGACGAUGCCUGUUGGAAAAGGGGCCAGAGAGUUCCAUAUUUGGCUGUUGCUCGCACCUUUGAAAAAAUUGAAGAAGAGUCAGGCAGGCUGAGAAAUAUUGAGACUCUGUCCAACCUUCUGCGCUCUGUCAUCCUGCUCUCUCCUGAUGACCUUUUGUGCUGUGUGUAUCUGUGCCUGAACCAGCUUGGCCCUGCCUACCAGGGGCUCGAGUUGGGUGUUGGGGAGACUGUGCUGAUGAAGGCUGUUGCACAGGCAACUGGACGACAGCUAGACAAAAUAAGGGCAGAGGCACAGGAAAAAGGGGACCUGGGUUUGGUGGCCGAGACUUCACGUAGCAACCAGCGAAUGAUGUUUGCACCGGCAAAUUUGACAGCAACCGGGGUGUUUACCAAACUGAAGGAGAUUGGCAACAUGAGUGGCAAUUCUGCAAUGAAUAAGAAAAUUGACAUCAUCAAGGGUCUGUUUGUAGCUUGUCGUUUCUCAGAGGCCAGAUACAUUGUACGGUCAUUAGCAGGGAAACUGCGGAUUGGCUUGGCUGAACAAAGUGUCUUAGCAGCUCUUAGUCAGGCAGUGUGUCUGACUCCACCAGGUCAAGAGUUUCCACCAGCAGUGAUUGAUGCAGGAAAGGGGAUGAGUACAGAAAGCAGAAGAGCGUGGCUUGAAGAGAAGGGACUUAUUCUGAAACAAACUUAUUGUGAAAUGCCAAACUAUGAUGCCAUCAUUCCAGUCAUGUUAAAGGUGGGCAUUAAUGAGCUGCCCAAUCACUGCAAACUCACUCCAGGUGUCCCUUUGCGUCCCAUGCUGGCUCACCCCACAAAGGGAGUUGGGGAGGUGAUGAAGAGAUUUGAUGAGGCAGCUUUCACCUGCGAGUACAAGUAUGAUGGAGAAAGAGCACAGAUCCACAUUCUUGAGAGUGGUGAGGUUCGUAUUUUUAGUCGAAAUCAAGAGGACAACACCAGCAAAUACCCUGACAUCAUUUCACGUAUUCCUCAGGUAAAAAAAGAUAUAGUGCGUAGCUGUGUAUUGGACACAGAGGCUGUGGCAUGGGACAAAGAAAAAAAGCAGAUUCAGCCCUUUCAGGUUCUAACCACACGCAAAAGAAAGGAUGUAGAUGCGUCCGAGAUUAAAGUGCAGGUGUGUGUGUACGCCUUUGAUCUGCUAUACCUCAAUGGAGAGUCUCUUGUGCGGGAGCCGUUGAGUAAGCGCCGAACUCUGUUGAGGGAGAGUUUUGAGGAAAAAGAGGGGGAGUUUGUCUUUGCUCGUUCUCUUGACUGUGACAACACCGAAACCAUUGCUGAGUUCCUAGAGCAGUCCAUCAGAGACUCUUGUGAAGGCUUGAUGGUGAAGACCUUGGAAAAAGAUGCCACUUACGAAAUUGCUAAGCGCUCUCAUAACUGGCUUAAGCUUAAGAAGGAUUAUCUGGAGGGUGUGGGGGACACAGUGGAUCUGUGUGUGAUUGGGGCAUAUCUGGGAAAAGGUAAAAGAGCAGGAACCUAUGGGGGUUUCUUGCUGGCCUGCUAUGAUGAGGACAAUGAGGAGUUUCAGUCUGUCUGCAAGAUUGGAACAGGCUUUAAAGAUGAAGAUUUGGAGCAACAUUACAACUUCUUAAAGGAGCAUAUCCUGCCUAAGCCCCGUGCCUAUUACCGAGUGGACCAAUCAGCAGAGCCAGAUGUUUGGCUGGAUGCUGUACAAGUGUGGGAAGUGAAAUGUGCCGACCUGUCGCUAUCUCCGGUUUACAAGGCUGCUAUGGGAUUGGUGGACCCAGAGAAAGGGAUUUCACUGCGAUUUCCUCGAUUCCUCCGUCUCAGAGACGACAAGAAGCCUGAGGACGCCACAACUGGAGCACAGAUUGCUGAUCUGUACAGUAAACAGCAGCAGAUUCAGAAUCAAGGAGAAAAACACGAUUUAGAGGAUUACUACUGAUCCCCACUGACUGACUCCUGUAAUCACCAGACUGAAUCAAAUUGAUCUUUUCUUGCUGUCCUGGUGGAAGCUCAAUACAAACUUUUUAAAUAAAUGCUUCUUUUUCAGGUUUUGCAUGGAUUUUAAGUGAAAGUACAAUUGAAAACUGUACAUAGGAUUAAAAUCAGUCUUGAAAUAAAAAUGCUUU